UAAUUCGCUCAGAAUUUUUUAAAAACCCCACUUUCAGAAUCUAGUAGCUCUGUUCGGUUUUGUUGUUUCUGUUUUUUAAGCAUCAUAAUGUAAUCCUCAGCAUCCAUAGACGGGGUUUACUUACUGGGAUCGAAGCUAUCCCUUCAGUAUACAGUGUUCUCCGAUUCGUCGACAGUCUGAUAUAUUUUUUUAACUUCUUUUUGGAAUUUUGGUUAUUCGCCCUGUCUCUUCCACAUCGAUAACCAAACAAACUAAAUUGUGAGCGUAUUUUACUACGGAACCACGGAACCGAAAUGAUCGGCGAACUUCGCGUAUCACGUGCGGAUACCUCAUCCUCGACAUCGUGUUCCUCUACCGCUACAUCGUCCUUGAAUGUGUCCCUCCAGCCGAAACGAUGCAUCAGCUACAUGACGAUGCAAACGCUGCACGAUAUGCGGCUCAGCGAAACGCUUUGCGAUGCAUCCAUCGUCCUGCCAGAUAAUGGUCACGAGUUUCGCAUACAUCGUGUCAUUGUGGGAUCGUGCAGUGAAUAUUUCCGUAUCCUGUUUACGACGUCCGUGCCGAGCGAGAAGUACCAGCUGGAGAUACCGGGCAUACCUAGCUCCGUAAUGGAGCAAAUCAUCCGGUACGCAUAUUUGCGCGAGUGUGAUCUUACUGAGGAUACCGUGUUCGAUGUGUACGCAGCGGCCGACUUUCUGCUCAUGACUAGUCUUACGGAGCACUGUUCCGUGUACAUACUGGACCGGUUACGUCUGGACAACUGCGUAACUAUAAUGCUGUUCGGCAGACAACGUGCAUCAAAAACACUACAUGAUUCGGCACGAAUGUUUAUACUGAAAAACUUCCCACAGCUUUCCCAAACUCGGACUAAAGAAAAUGAACUACUGCAGCUCGACGUGGACGAUAUCUGCCAGCUGCUGGCAGAUGAUCUUUUGAAUGUGCGCGAUGAAGAUACGGCGUGGGAAUUUGUUAUACGUUGGAUCGAUCAUGAUCCUUCCAAGCGCAGCAAGCACAUCUACCGACUGAUGGGCACGGUUCGCUUUGGGCUGUUAAACACGGAGUAUUUCCUUGAUAAGGUGAAAGAAAACCAGUAUGUGCUUGGGAGCGAUGAAACGAAACCACUGGUGAUUGAAGCAUUAACGUUUUUGUACGAUCUGGAAAUGAUCAGUACCAAAGCUAUGAAAGAGAUGAAAACACCUGCAAUCGCGACGCCACGAUUACCGCACGAUGUAAUAUUUACCGUCGGCGGUUGGGGUGAGGGUCAAUCGCAGUCCAUCAUCGAAACGUAUGACACGAGAGCCGAUCGUUGGAUAAAGGUACCCAGUGAAGAUCCGGCAGGACCAAGGGCAUACUACGGAGCUGCUUACAUCGGGCAUCAUCUCUACUUUGUUGGAGGCUAUGACGGAGUGGAACAUUUCAACACUUGUCGUCGGUUCGACAUGGUGUUGAAGGACUGGCAGGAGAUUGCACCAAUGCACUGUAAACGGUGUUACGUCAGUGUGGUAGCCUUGGAUGGUAUGAUUUACGCGAUGGGAGGUUACAAUGGUUCCAAUCGGCACAACUCGGUGGAACGCUACGAUCCACAGACAAACCAAUGGACGAUGAUCGCGCCAAUGGGUUCUUUACGGUCUGAUGCUGACGCCUGCACACUUAAUGGUAUGAUCUACAUUGCCGGUGGGUUUAACGGACAUGAGUGUCUUAACACCGCGGAAAUGUAUGAUCCGCAAUCGAACAGCUGGUCACCGUUGCCCCCUAUGUUGCACCGCCGAUCCGGCGUAUCCUGUACCGCACUCGGUGGAUCAGUGUAUGUGGUUGGAGGUUUCAAUGGGCUUAUCCGGUUAAAUAGUUGUGAACGGUUCGAUCUGGCUACGAGACGCUGGACGGCUUGCAAGGAGAUGUACCACCAACGGAGCAACUUUGGACUGGAAGUUAUCGAUGAUAUGCUGUUCGCGAUCGGAGGCUAUGACGGUGUGAGUGCGAUCGCGUACGUUGAAUGCUACUGUCCGGACACAAACGAAUGGCUCGAAGCAACUGAUCUGAGCAUGAUGCGAUCCGCAUUCCGUGCUGUGACCGUAACCGGACUACCGAACAUCAAGGAUUACGUGCAUUCGAACAAGGAAAAUUUAAUCAACGAAAUGAAUGAGCACCGACACGGUAAUGCGCGUAAUAGUGCCGUAGUAGCUUCUACGUCCACUAGCGACGUCGAGGAUGAACUAGACUAAGCAUCCGGAACACACACUCACAUCAGCCCAAGGGUUUGGUUCGUCACGGAAACAUACCACAGCGCGAAACCGAAGGACGAUCAUGCGUGGCAAAGUUGUUCAAAUCAAUCGUUACAAAAGUUACGCAAAGUGAAUUGUUUUACAUUCGCCUGCGUGUACAGUGGACGAAAUUGUUUGUGACGUGGAAGGUAUGGAUUAUCAUUAUUUUAGAAGAGUUUCAGAAACACCGCAUCUUUUGUAUGUUUUGAUGGAAAUUUAAAUUUUACACCGUGAAA